GAGGUUACUCACUUAACAAGGAGCAGCUGUGAAGAUGAAACACCUUUCUAUACCACUUAAUUUUCUUUUUGUGAAUACACUUUUAUCUUUACCUGUUUAUCCUCAUGAUGAAGAGAAUGAAAUCACCCCAGAAACAUAUCAAGCAGUUCCUCACAUUAGGAGAUGGUUCUGAAGGUCUCAUUCAAAAUGAGGACUCCCUUUCAACCAAGAUUAAAGAGGAUCAGGAAUUCUAUGGACGGCAGGUAACAGGAAACCUGGAUCCCGGAACUAUUGAAGUAAUGACAGGUCCUCCAUGUGGAUUUCUUGAUCCUGCUCCAUAUAGACUCUAUCCCGGAAAACCUCGAUGGAAUAAAUCAUUUGUAACAUACAGUGUGGUGAACUACGUACCUCAACUAAGCUACUUUGAAACAGAACUUGCCAUAUGGAAGGCUGUGAAUAUUUGGCAGAAAGUAAUCCCACUGACUCUUGUCAGAGUCUAUAAUAUUGAAGCUGAUAUCAUGAUUUCAUUUGAACCACGUGUUCACGGUGAUAAUUUUCCAUUUGAUGGGCGUGGAGGUACUUUGGCUCAUGCAUUUUCACCUGGACAAGGAAUUGGCGGGAAUAUACACUUUGAUCGGGAGGAACAUUGGACACUGAGGCGUAAUGGAGUCAACUUUUUUCAUGUGGCAACCCAUGAAUUUGGUCAUGCUUUGGGUCUUGCUCAUUCCAAUUAUCGAUCUGCUGUGAUGUAUCCAACAUAUUCUAAAAGACAUUCAAACUUAUUCUCUCUUUCAAUUGAUGACGUUAGAGGAAUACAACAUCUGUAUGGAACCAUACAAAUGUUGAAGCAAGAAUCUGCACUGCAACUAAUGCCAGAUAAAUGUGAUCCCUCAAUGUCAUUUGAUGCUGUUACCAAGGCCAAUGGAGACAUCUUUCUCUUCAAAAAUGAAUACCUUUGGCGAAAAGCUCAAAAUGCAGCAGAUGCCAAGAUUAGCUCCAUUCAAGAUGUCUGGUCAGACCUCCCUUCAAAUAUUAAUGCAGCUUGUGAAAUUCCUGGAGAAGACAUUAUUUAUUUUUUCAAAGGAUCAAAAUUGUGGACCUACACAAAUAACAAACUCAAUCGCAGAUCAUCACAGUCUAUUUACUUGUUUGGAUUUCCAACGUAUGUGAAAAAAAUUGAUGCAGCAGUAUUUAUACCUCAAACAAGGAAAAUCAUCUUCUUUGUAGGGAAAAUGUUUUGGAGGCAUGUAUUUUCACUUUUGUUACAUUCAUCCAUCUAACCUCCUCUUUUGUUUGCCAAUAGUAUCACAACCUUUAAUGUCUUCAAUGUCAUGCGUCUCUGAUCUAUU